CACAGAGCCGGCGGCCCAGCUCGGCGCGGCGAGAAACGCCCUACGGAGGAGGGCAGAGCGCCGGGAGGAGCGAGCGGCCGCGGGAGCCGGCGGACGGCGGAGCGCGCGGGGCGAGGCGCAGGCGAGCCGGGGCGCGCGCACCGUCCCCCCGCAGUGCCAACUUCCCCCGAGAGUGCGGGGCGCGCUCCUGCGGGGCGCGGGGGCAGCGCGGCGCGGUGCCGCGAUCUGGGGGGACAAGCAAGUCGGAUUCCACCUCUCCUCCUUCUCCACCUCCCCCCACAUACCCGUCUCCCCCCUUGCCCACCCCACCCCCUUCCCCAGUGACUAAUUCCCAGUAUCAACAACAAAAAAAAGAAAAACAGCAAGAAUCACAGCAAACUUGCUAUCAGCCUGUCGGUGGUCCCCCUCCCUCCUCCUGGCACCAUGAAGGCGGCCGUCGAUCUGAAACCGACUCUCACCAUCAUCAAGACAGAAAAAGUCGAUCUGGAGCUUUUCCCCUCCCCGGACAUGGAAUGCGCGGAUGUUCCGCUGUUAACGCCAAGCAGCAAAGAGAUGAUGUCUCAAGCGUUGAAAGCCACGUUCAGUGGUUUCUCUAAAGAGCAACAACGGCUGGGAAUUCCCAAAGACCCCCGGCAGUGGACAGAAACCCACGUGCGGGACUGGGUGAUGUGGGCUGUGAACGAGUUCAGCCUGAAGGGCGUGGAUUUCCAGAAGUUCUGCAUGAACGGCGCGGCGCUCUGUGCCCUGGGCAAAGACUGCUUUCUGGAACUCGCCCCGGACUUCGUUGGGGACAUCUUAUGGGAACAUCUGGAGAUCCUGCAGAAAGAGGACAUGAAACCCUACCAGGUGAACGGCGUCGGGAGCUACCCUGAGCCCCGCUAUUCCUCGGAUUAUUUCAUCAGCUAUGGUAUCGAGCAUGCUCAGUGCGUCCCUCCCUCGGAGUUCUCUGAGUCCAGCUUCAUCACCGAGUCCUACCAGACGCUGCACCCCAUCAGCUCUGAGGAGCUCCUGUCGCUCAAGUAUGAGAACGACUACCCCUCCGUCAUUCUCCGGGACCCUCUGCAGACAGAAACCCUCCAGACUGACUACUUUGCCAUCAAACAGGAAGUCGUGACCCCUGACAACAUGUGCAUGGGGCGGACCAGCCGGGGUAAGCUUGGGGGCCAGGACUCCUUCGAGAGCAUCGAGAGCUACGAGAGCUGUGACCGGCUCACCCAGUCCUGGAGCAGCCAGUCGUCCUUCAGCAGCCUGCAGCGCGUCCCCUCCUACGACAGCUUCGACUCCGAGGACUACCCGGCCGCCCUGCCCAGCCACAAGCCCAAGGGCACCUUCAAGGAUUACGUGCGGGACCGCGCCGACCUCAACAAGGACAAGCCGGUCAUUCCUGCUGCUGCCCUGGCCGGCUACACAGGCAGCGGCCCCAUCCAGCUGUGGCAGUUCCUUCUGGAGUUACUCACUGACAAGUCCUGCCAGUCCUUCAUCAGCUGGACGGGAGACGGCUGGGAAUUCAAGCUCUCUGACCCGGAUGAGGUGGCUCGGAGAUGGGGGAAAAGGAAAAACAAACCCAAGAUGAAUUACGAGAAGCUGAGCCGUGGCCUACGCUACUACUACGACAAAAACAUCAUCCACAAGACGGCAGGGAAACGCUACGUGUACCGCUUCGUGUGUGAUCUGCAGAGCCUGCUGGGGUACACCCCCGAGGAACUGCACGCCAUGCUGGACGUCAAACCCGACACCGACGAGUGACGGCGGCCCGGCCCACGGGCACACUCUGCUGAGACAUUCCCAAGCACAACCACGCUGGUUGGACUCUGAAUUUCCCAUUGUUCUUCUAUUUUUAAUUUUCCAGAACUCGUUUUUUACAUUCGUGGGGUGGGUGGGAGCUAGGUGAGCUGCAGCCGUAACCAGUUGUCCGCAGUUGUCAAAGGAGAACCAGGAUGUGUGGGGUGGGGGGGGAAUGAGAAAUUCUUGAGCAGAUUAUUUUCAGGAGAGGGCAAAGGGUUUUCAAAGAAGCCUAAAGAACCCCGCGAGAGAGACAGAGAGAAAGAGAGAAGGAAAAGAGAGAGGGAAAGAGACCAGUGGCCCGAUCUUAAAAAAAAAAAAAACCAUCA